AUGUUUUCUCUUCCAUUUGAAGUUCAACUUGAUGUAUUAAAAUGUCUUAAUUUCAACCAAUUAUUUGAUAUUAAACAAACCAAUUUUUACUUUUGCAAUUUAAUUAAUAAAUAUGAGGGGGAAUUGGCUAGACUAAAAUUUAAAAGAAUUACAAUAUCUGACCCAGGCUUUCCUCGACUGCCAAUUCCAUAUAAAUCUAUUAAACCACGUUUUAAAUUAAGCGAUAGAGCAGAAAAAAUUUGGAUUAAACGAUUAAAUAAUGAAGACCAUAUAAACUAUCAAAUUUCAAAUGUUUACAAUCCAAAAGUGAGAUUUACAUUUUGCAAUAAAUAUUGGAAUGAUGGUCGUAUUUUUUAUGUUAAAAUUAGAAAAAUGAAGGAGCAGAUUACUGGACAAUAA